CCGAGUCCGGGGCCGAGGUCGAGACCUGGGCUGGAGCCACCUCCUCCUCCUCCUCCGCCAUAUUCUCCAUAGUUACCGCCUCCGUGCCAGACCCGCGCGGGGAGCAGGAGUGAGCUCACGGCGGGGUCAGAAAACCGGCUGGAAUGCCCCGAGGGCUGGAUCCGAGGAGUGGGAAAGCUAGUGGGGAGGGCGGGCUGCGUGCAAUAGACAAAAGAGGAAGAACCAGUGAGCAGCGCCUGUCAGCAGAAGAAUUAAAAGCCAGAGGCAGCGAUUCACGGUUCUAUCCGCUUCCCUCUCCCCGAGGCGUUACGACGCCACCACUCACUGCGCAGAAGCGACCUGGGGACGGCGACCAAUGAGGUCAGAGAGUUCUGUUUCCACGGUGCGUACCGGUUCCAGCCGUCAACCACCCAACCGAGCCAAGACUACAAUACCCAGCGUGCACCGCUCCGAUGGGGGGAACUUGGCGUUCCAAGUCCUAGGAGAGAGUGAAUGCUCCCGAGUAGUAAUCUGGAGCCGAGUGCAGAACUACAUUUCCCGGCGGGCCUCGGGUUCAGGGGUCUCUUUCCCCUGGCGGGGCCUGUGGAGUCGCCACCGCCGCCGGCGCUGGUAAGGUGGGGGGGAUUCGUUGACGUUCUGCUGGGCAGGCUUCUCCGGUUAGUGCGGGACCUUGGCGGCAGCCGGCCAAAUAACUCUCCGUUAGACCAUUUUCCACAUCUUCCUCUGCAUUUACUCAGCAUUGAGGAUAAGAAAGAAAAAACCUCAACAAGUUCUACUAGCUCAUCUUGCUCUGUAAGAUCAAUUUCAUCAGAGAAGAGAAAACUGAAAUCAGAUUGUAUAGACGUUGUGAACUGUAAUGUAAAAAGAAGACAUGAACUGAAAAGACUGAAUGUAGACACUGACACUCUAAGAAAGAGACCAAAAAUCAAUUCGUCAUCCCAAGAACCUAUUAAACUUCAAGAAGCAUCAUAUUCAAAUGAUAAUCAAAUUAUUUCACAAAGUCCUUCUUCAAAUGGAACUAAAAACGAUAUAAGUAAAUGUGUAGAUUUUAAAGAUAAAGACAUUAAAUUGAUAAAUGUUAGGAGUAACCUUGACCAUGGAGUUAAAAACCUUAGCAUUCCUAAAAUUGCCAAAGAUGUGAAACCUAAAGCUGAAGGCCAGGCAAAUGAAAAACUACGGCCUCAUUUACUUGCUCACAGGCAGAAGAUGAAAGAUCUCAAGAAAGAAAGGCACAAUAAAUACAGAGACAGUUUUGAAAGGUGUGUUUUGGAAAAGUGCAAGAGAAUCCAAUUUUCUCAGGAUUAUAAUUCCAACAAGAUAUUUAAGGAACCCCAAGAUCCUAGAAGAAGGAAGGUCAGUUUCAAAAUCCCAGUAAAAUCCCACGAUACCCACCAGAAGCCUGUAGAAGAAAACAUUUUCCUUUUAGAGUCCAGCAAGUCAACGACUAAGCAGAAGAAAAAAGGAUGCCUCGAAAACUUUCAGGUUUCAUUAAAUUUGAUGAAGCAAAAAAGUAAACAUUUAUUUUCAGAUUUCACUUGUAAGCAGGCUGUUUGUGAGUGGAAAGGAAAAUGUCAUCUUGAGCAUCAAGAAAGUAAUGAUUCAAGUUCUAGUGAACACCAGACCCAGAGUUUUGAAGCACAAUGUUCUUCAGUGUCAUAUGAAAGUAUUCCAGAUACAGAUCAAGAGAUGCAGAUAGUAGAAGAGCUUCAUGCUGCACGUGUGGGGAAAACUGUGGAUUUGCCUGUGGUCCCUCCUCCUGGAGAGUUAUCGAGCAUGGAGAUUGACUUGGUAGAAGAUGCUGUGCAUUCCUCUGCUGCAAGUACUGCUUCAGACAAACAUCUUCUAAUUGUUAUUGAUACAAAUAUUCUGAUGAAUCAUCUCAAAUUUGUUAGAAUUUUGAAGACAACAGAAAUCCCAGGCUUUGACAGGCUUGUGUUAAUAAUUCCCUGGGUAGUUGUACAAGAGCUAGAUCGUAUGAAGGCAGGAAAACUACUGAAAUAUGCCCAGCACAAAGCUAUACCUGCGGUUCGUUUCAUCAAUGACAGUCUCAAAAGUCAAGAUAGAAAACUAUGGGGUCAAUCAAUACAACUUGCAUCUCAAAAACUUUAUGGAUUCAGUGAUGAGAACAAUGAUGAUCGAGUAUUAAAAUGCUGUCUUCAAUACCAGGAAUUAUUCCCUAGUUCUCUUGUUAUUCUGUGCACGGAUGAUAGAAAUUUAAGAAACAAAGGCCUAAUAAGUGGUGUGAAGUCACUCAGUAAAGAAGAAUUGAGUACAGAGUUCUUAAAUUUGUCUCUGAACACAGUUACAUGUCAGCAGCCAUGUGUAUCUAAGCAACAAUUGAAAACAGUUUGUGUUUGUAGAGAUAAGCCAGUUAAUAUUUUGAGUUUUACAAUAAAUUAUAGUUGUUUGGGUAAUGAGGAAGAAUCUGUAAAUUCUGGACUGCUCAUUCUGCUUGAAGGCAUAGUAGCUGAUCUUGAAAAAUCUCUUGGAACAGCCUUAUCUUCAAUAUUAGAAACAGAAAUGAAAAUUGCUUUUGGAAACCUCUGGAUGGAGAUGCUGUACUUGAAACCACCGUGGACUCUAAUGCAUUUAAUACAAUGCUUUAAAAAACAUUGGUUGGCUGUCUUUGGACUAAUUAUGGAAAAUAAUUUGCUUUUAACCGUUGAGAGCUUACAUGACAGUCUCUGUAAAGCUAACAGUGCAGUAGAUUUUACAACAGUGAAAUUCCUACUCCAGGAUUCUCAAAACCUAUUACAUGCUUUCAGUACAAGGUCAGAUUAUGAUGGUGUUCUUCCACAGGCCUUUGCUCAAGUAAACAAACUUCUCCAAACAUUUACAGAGGUAAGACGCCUUUGGAAUGCCGAACUUGGAGGCUUGCAUAUACCAAUUUAUCAUUCUGACAACCAAGAAAUCACCAUUUUCUCGGGCGCUCGUCUUUCCCCACCCAACAGGCAUCAAGAAAUCUGGUCUAUCUUAGAGAGUGUUUGGAUUACAAUAUAUGAGAACAGCACAGAUGUGUUUCAAAGAUUGGGCCCAAAUUCAGCUCUGACUUCCUCAAAAAUACCAUCAUUUGAAGAAGCAUUUAUAUAUCUUCAAAAGUUAAUGGCAGCUGUGAAGAAUAUUCUUGAAGGAAUUCAGAGGAUUUUGGCCCCCAACAGUAAUUAUCAAGAUAUUGAGACCCUCUAUAACUUCCUAAUCAAACAUGAGGUAAAUAAAAGUGUCAAAUUCACUGCCCAGGAACUUUAUGAUUGUGUUUCACAUACUGAGUAUCGGGAAAAGUUAACCAUCGGAUGCCGCCAGCUGGUUGAGAUGGAGCAUGCCAUGCAGCAGUGCAAUGCAUCUGUGUAUAUGGAGGCCAAGAACAGGGGGUGGAGUGAAGACAUGCUCAAUGAUAGGACCUAAUCUGGUAACUCGAAAGGAUUGCAUUUGUCUUCAAGAACAACAGAGUAGCUUUCAACCUUUUGAGCCAAACCCAAGAGACUUGUAAGAAAUCUCAUUUGUAUAAAAAGGUGAUUGCUUAUUA